GUCACCAUUGUGCAAACAUCCUAUUCUACAGCUUCGCCCCGUCUGUGCGAAGAUGCUACUUCUCUCUAUCUCCGCCAUUUCUACAGCGUCAGCUUGGGCUGCUACUCAUUCAACCGUAUCCACUGUACCGGAACGAGACUAGACCAUGUCAAGUGAAGCCUCGUCCUCUGCGCCCACAUUUUCCAAGCCACUCCAGCUCCCCCUGCCGAAAGACGAGCUCGACCGCAUCAAUGCCUACCUACGCGACCUAACACCAGAGCAAAUCCUCCGAUGGGCAACGCUGGAGCUGGUGGAAGAAGUCAAGAAGCGGUACGGCGUUCCGAUACAUGUAUACAAGCCGGAGGAAUGUGAGACGGUCGUGGAGUUCGAGAAGAAGUUCGGAGAGAAGCUGUGGGAGACAGACGAGACGUUGUACGAUUAUGCGGUUAAGGUUGAACCAGCCCGGAGAGCCUACGAGGAGCUCGGCGUGAAGUCAAUCAUUACUGGUCGGCGAGCCUCACAAGGAGCCGAUCGCGCGAACUUGCUCCCCUUGGAGGUGGACAGUACUGGUCUGCUCAAGCUCAACCCACUGUUUGCAUGGACGUUCCCUUUCGUGGAAUGGUACAUAAAGGAGAACAACGUCCCACGCAACAAGCUACUAGACCAAGGCUACCGCAGCGUCGGAGAUUGGCAUAGUACCGUCAAGAGCGGUGAGGGCGAUACAGGGGAGCGAGCAGGUCGCUGGGCAGGGAAGAAGGAGAAGACCGAGUGCGGCCUGCAUGUUGACUACUUCGCCAUGAAGGCAGCUGCCCAGAAGAAGCUCGGGCAGUUGCAAGUACAAGACGGGGUCCGACCCGACGAAGCUGCUCCCGCAACCAUUCCGGCGGUAGAGGCCAGUGCCUGAGCACACGUAGAUAGCGCGCUGUGAGGUUCCUUCCCUGCCUGCUGGACUACACGAUGUGUAGAAUGCGGUGUGUAUUGUAAUCCGAACAUGACUUCUGUCCGUCUCCAAGUCUUCAGCUGCUGAAUGCUCAUGUUCCCUGUGCGCCUACCCUAGCGCGCUGAGAUGAUCCUCUCCACGCAUGUGUGUCUUCCACGAGGGUCUGUGAUCACCACGCCACGCCGCAACAUCCAAUCGAGAAGCCCUGCUCUACCCCGGCAUCGGAGGCAGUGUCAUGCCCGCGCUACGGCACGGUAGUGGCUGCUAAGGGCCCGGGGAAUCUGACAUUGAGCACCGAUUCCUAGUCCGCUGGUGGAUCACUAUAAAUGCCAACCAUGACCUGAUCUCC